GCGAACUUCUGAUGACAAAGUUUAAUAUCAUUCGUGCACCGACACAACGCGAACGGUAUUGCCAAAAUUAAAAAAAGAAAAAUGUUUCUCACGAAUAUUAUAUUAUUGUUAUGCUCAUUGGGCAUAGCGACCAGCCAACGCCUGCUAGAGUCAAGCGAAUCUGGCUACUCAAGACGAGGCACCGGCGGUUAUGGGUUGUUAAGACCUGGUUAUGAUGGAUAUAAUAGCGGUUAUGGCGGCGGUUAUGGCAGCGGAAUUGGCAGCGGAUAUGGCAGCGGAUAUGGUAGCGGAUACGGCAGCGGUUACGGCAGCGGGUACGGCAGCGGAUACGGCAGCGGGUACGGAAGUGGCCAGUUACCGGGCUAUGGAGGCGGAUAUAACGGAUAUCCGGAGGGAUAUGGCGGUUACGGAUCAGGAUACCAGGGUUAUGGAGGCUACCGCCCCGGCAACAGGCCCGGCUCUGGUUACAACUACCGUCCCAACUACAAUUAUCCCGGUGGCAGCACCGGUUACCCUGGCUACCGGCCUAGCUACCAAUACCGACCAGGCUAUGAUCGUCCUUACUCUGGCUACAACAGUAAUUACCUUGGCGGUUAUGAAGGUUACGACAAUUUCAGGGUCUUAUCAAGAAGAGCAGGUGAAGUGAAAAAGAGUGAUGCUUAGGAAUAUUUAGGUAACUUUAUAAUUAAGCACAAUAGAUUAUUUAUGUAUGAAGUGAUAAAUAAAUUGUUUAAAAUUUA